AUGGACAGCACCCGCGAACCGACUCCGGGGCGUUUGGACGCAGCUGGCUUCUGGCAGGUCUGGCAGCGUUUUGACGCAGACGAAAAAGGUUACAUAGAAGAGAAGGAACUCGAUGCUUUCUUUCAUCAUAUGGUGAUGAAAUUGGGUACUGAUGACACGCUCAUGGAAGAAAAUGUGCACAAGGUGAAGCAGCAAUUUAUGACUGCCCAUGAUGUCACUGAAGAAGGUCUCAUACAGAUGAAAGAGCUUGCCUGUAUGUUCCUGUCUGAGGAUGAAAACUUUCUUCUGCUCUUCGUGGAAACACCCUUAGACAACAGUGUGGAGUUUAUGCAGAUUUGGCGCAAAUAUGAUGCAGACAGCAGUGGCUUCAUAUCAGCUGCUGAGCUUCGCAAUUUCCUGCGAGACCUCUUCCUUCACCACAAGAAGGCUAUUUCUGAGGCUAAACUGGAAGAAUACACUGGCACCAUGAUGAAGAUCUUUGACAAAAAUAAAGAUGGUCGACUGGAUCUUAAUGACUUGGCAAGGAUUCUGGCUCUUCAAGAAAACUUUCUUCUCCAAUUUAAAAUGGAUGCUUGUUCUACUGAAGAAAGGAAGAGAGAUUUUGAGAAAAUCUUUGCCCACUACGAUGUGAGUAAAACUGGAGCCCUAGAAGGCCCAGAAGUGGAUGGGUUUGUCAAGGACAUGAUGGAGCUUGUCCAGCCCAGCAUCAGCGGGGUGGACCUUGACAAGUUCCGGGAGAUUCUCUUGCGUCACUGCGAUGUGAACAAGGAUGGAAAAAUUCAGAAGUCUGAGCUGGCUCUGUGUCUUGGGCUGAAAAUCAACCCCUGA